CAAUUAAAACUUAAAAUAUUUUGGUUUAUUACGUUUAGUCAUAAUACGCUGAUUAUUAUCAAAUCUCUAAAACUGAUAAACGUUAUCUUAAACCUAUCUAUUGUCCCCCUUUAGUUAAUCAAAUAAUACUGGGUGGAGUAGGAGCUUGUAACCCCUUUUACGGACAACAAUGAAUCAAUUUGAGACGGAAAGACGGCUCUGCUGGAGUUACGGUCUCUUAGCUGUCCUACUUACAAUAUCUGUCGUGUGUGUUGCAAUUCCUUACAAUCAUUGGCGUACAACUCUUGACGUUUGCCCAGGAGGAUAUUUUGAAAAUACUAACUGUGGAUGCAUCUUUUAUGGUAUUAGCACAUUCCAAAACUUCAAUGGUGGUCACAACUCAUACUGCUUGUAUGCUGUAUUUGCUCCUCUUCCAAUAUUAGUGUAUGCUAUUGUAAUGGCCUCGUUUCACAUGUAUAGAGUUUGUAUCAACAAUGUUGGACAGUAUGAAGGAGAGAAAUCCACAACAGUUGAAGAAAUCGAAGGAGAGACAAUAGUAGUAUCUUCAAGGGCAAGAAUAUCUCAGCGUAAUGAUGCUGUCAUUUACUGUUGGAUACCAACCUCAUGCAUAGCCGCACUGUUUGCAGUAUACAAUCUAAUCUAUGCUGCUAUUAUAACUGAUGGGUUUUUAAAAACUUGUAUGCAGUAUCGAGGAUAUUUAGUCCGUAACCUUAGAGCUGUAGGUGACCAGGCCACUGCCAUACAUUUCCGACUUAGCUGUCAGGCAAUAUUUGACUUUAUGGAUUACAUACAGAAAAAUGCAUUGAGCAGUCGACAUGGAGAUUUCAUUAACACAGGGCUGGCAUUACAGUUGGCUAUCAUUGCUUCUUGGUUAUCUGUUUGUUUAUGGAUAGCUGUUACUGUUAUGACUUCGCUAAGGGCCUACAGAGAACGCGAUGUGCUUACUUGUUGUGGAAAAUAAUUAUUUUUUUCUGCAGUUGCAGACUUGCUUACAAAGUUUAAUAUGGUGUAACCAAUACAAUUACUGUAUUAAAUUAGAACAUAAUUUUAUAUGAAAAUUUAAAAUGGCAGCAUUCAUUAAUAGUCAUAAAAUGCAUGUGUUACGAUUGUUAUUAUGUAUUUUAAGUCUUUUUUAACACAUUGUAUGGAACAUUUAGAUAAAGUACAAUACAUAUAUUUUAAUUAUAUAGUUUGUCUAGUAUUGGUGUUACAAGUAAAUAACUUAUGUAAUAAUGUAAGACUGAUGAAAAUUGUAACCCGCCCAUAUAUGCAUAACAUAGUAUAAGUACAAAGACAAUCCACUAGGUUUAGAGAUUCAGAGCUUAUUUACGCUCUAAGGUAAAGACUUUUUAUGAUUAUUCUACUGUUAAAUCACUUUUUUCUAUUCAAUAUUUCAUAUAAUUACAGUGUUUGAAAUGGAUUUACAACUAAACAGAUUGUUUUGUUUGUCUUGUUGGCAGUGCUGUACAGAACAGGUGUAUAACAAAAUAUACAUUGUACAAUAAUAUAAUAAAUAACAAUUAAGUUGUACCAAAAUAGUUUCAUAAGUGUAGUGUCAUAAGUUUUUAAAUGUUGUGCCGUCCAAAUGUUGUCUUAUUUUGAGAAAAUAAUUUUAUAUUGUUAUGUUUAAGAUUCAUUUUUCACGAUUUCAGUGGCGCUAGUUUACAUCGAAUUAUGUGAUUUCUUAGUAUUUCAUAUAUUUUACAGUUUAUAUUUAAAUUUACAUAA